AUGCAGUCCCUCCGCGCCGCCACGAGCGGCUCCCGUGCCUUAACCACCACUCGCCAGUCAACUCUCCGAUACCCAGUAUCCUUCACAGGCGGCCGCACGUUCUCGCAAUCAUCAGCUGUAAGGGGAGGUGGCCAUGAAUCUCACUACGAUCCCCCAUCAGGAUGGCUGUUUGGCGUCAAGCCGGGGGAGCAGUAUGAGAAGGAGGGGUGGGAGAACCUGAUGUACUGGGGGUUUGGCGGCGCGUGUGCAUUUGGAGUUAUUGCUUAUGCGUUCAAGCCUGAUACUAGCAUCCAAACCUGGGCUUUAGAGGAAGCGCGACGACGGCUCGAAGCGGAGGGAAUCCUACCCGACCCGGAUAAUAAGAAAGAUUAG